AUGAUGGAUUCUAACGGCGCACACACAUCAUCAUCCUCAGAGUCACGCAAGCGACCCUACCCACCUCCGGUCGAGAUCCUUGAAGCGGACCGGGAGAAAGAAAGCCCACAAUCAACUCAAGCCACACCGAAAAAGCAGUGCAAUUCUUCUCCUCCGCACACACCUCGACAUCGGAGAUCGAAAGUCCAUGUCGACCCUGCAGUAGCCCUGGAUGCUUGGAACUCCUCUCCAAGAAGUCUCGACUUCGCUACGUCACCAAGAGAGGAAUAUGCAGGCAUGAAGACGGCUUCCCAGUUCGACUUCGAUAACAAUCUGCCCCAAGACUCCGACGCGCUCUCUCGGUUUCGUGAUACAACAGCCGUAGCACGGACAACCUCGAAGACCUGGAUCCAAGCUGGCCCAGAGCAUGGAAUUGACGUUGUCGACUGGGCAGUACACGAGGACAAGCAUACGACUCUGAACGAUCCGGUGGCACCUCAGAGCGUCAGCCUAUCGCUGCUGGUGAAUAUCUACUAUCCCACGUACGAUGAUGCGCCGGAGCGAACAUACGUUUGGGACGGCCUGAGCGCAACCUACGACACGUAUUAUGGGCUGCCAAACGGGACCUUCGGCAAUAUCACGGCCAAUCUUGCCUUUAAUGCGAAGCCUCUCUCGCGGAAAGAGAGUGAUAAAUUGCAUCUUCCAACGUUGCUAUUUGGACCGGCUUUUGCAGGCCCGCCGUCGCGCUUUUUCACCGGCCUAAUCUCAGAAAUGACGAGCAGAGGAUAUCCAGUCGUAACUGUAGACCAUCCGUGGGAAGCGCCAUACAUAGAAUAUCCCAACGGGACGGCUUUCACUGGUCACGAUGUCACCUGGAGCCCGUGCACAUCUGUAAUCGACGCUGCUCACGCAUAUCGCCUCACUGACAACUCUGCCGUUCUUGACGCGCUACCAGAGAUCUCAAAGGAGCUGGGCAUACCACUUGACCUGAAUCAUUUCGCAUUAUUCGGACACUCGCUCGGCGGAAGCGCAGCUGUGAGCCAACUCCUUGUGGAGAGAAAUCGUACAGCUUUGCGAGGCAAGAAAUUCCUCGGAGCGAUCAACAUUGACGGCUCAUUCUUCGGGAUCGGGGCAACGAACUCUUCCUCAGUCGAUGUCCACGUGCCUUCUUUGCUCCUAAGCAGUGGGCGCUAUCUAGACCCAUCCUGGGCUGUCUUCGAGUCGUACCAAUCCUCUUGGGUCAAGGGCUUUCGCAUCUUAGGCCACUCCAACCACACCGACUUCUCCGAUCUUAUCUUCUUGAAGCAGGCGAACGGAAUUGCGGGUGGAGAGGGGGCCAUCACCGCAGAGAGGUUCUUACAGGUAUCUAGAACGAUGGUGUCGGCCUUUUUUGGGCUGCUUGUGGGGAAGGGCGAGGGUGUUUUGAGUGGUUCUGCAGAGGUGCAGGAGGCGUUCCCGGAAGUGACGUUCGAUUACAAUGGGACUGGAAACCCAUGCAGGCCAGCAGAGUUGUGCUGGGAAAUUCCGCAGGGCUGUUGA